AUCACUUCCUUUCAGCGUUAUACCUGCGCUUUUCGUUGAAAGACAACUUCAGUCAUCGAAAGAGAUAAAACCCGAUUUUUGAAAAAUGCCAGUGUUUCUGAGGACCAUCGCCCGCCGUGCUGCUCCGGUUCUGCGUAGCAACAGCGUCACGCAGACUGCGAACCUUUACUCCAGACCGGCGAAGGAGAAAAUCGGCCCCUUUGAAACUAUAAUUGCAAUUGGGCUGUUUGCCGGCGCUAUCCUGGGACCGUCUGGAUGGGUCCUGUCCCACCUUGAGGACUACAAGAAGAGAGAAUAAAUUGGACAUGUAAACUGUCAAACCUCUGUCUCGUCCUGGGACCAUCGUCGUAAAGAUCCACAGCAGAGAAGAACCUGGAUCAAAUUUUAUUGUCGUCUCUUCUACCUCUAACAGUUCAACUCAACAUCCCACUUCUCUCAAAAUGAUGACUCUGAAACUUGAUGCUUUGAAAAUUGUAUUGAACAUCUUCCUCAUAAGGAGUAUGUUACAUAAUUAAAAUAUAAAACACAAAA